UUCACCUGACAAUCGCAGUUGCCCUGGCGGCGCGCCAAGAAGCAAGGUCGACGCAGGUACAAACGGCCAUCACGCCUGCCUCCCUUGCUUGCACCUCCCUCUCCACCACUCUUUACGCCCACUUUCCUUCUGCACUGAAGCUCCAACUCGGCUCAGCCCGACUCACCUUCCUUUCAAUCCAGCUGCAGGCAGUCAGUCAGUCACUAUCGUUUGCUCGAGCGUCAUCCUUGCACGCUAAACUUGAUCCCCCAUUCACAUUGCGAAAUACAACUACUCGAGCAUUCCGUAACAUUCUCUUCAUACCAUGAAGUCCAUCAUUAUUGCGGGCGCUCUCGCCGCGAUCCUGGGCACUGCGAGCAGUCAUCCCCUCAACUACAAGCGCGACUACGUUACUGAAAUCGUCAUCGUCACAGAGACUGUCACCGACGCGUUUGUCUAUGUCGAUCAGGAUGGCAAGCCUUACUCGACUUCAGUUGUGGGGCAGUCCACUGCCGCUGAGUCUGUGGAAGUGGUCACUACAUCUGAGGCAGUUUCAACAGCUCCCGGCAUCUCGUAUGCAGCGCCAGUUUUCGAGGCUUCUUCUGCGUCGGUAGUUCCGACGGUAACCCCAAGCAUCUCGUAUGCGGUGCCAGUUCCUGAGGCUCCAUCUGCAACUCCGUCAGCUUCCGUGACUCCGCCUUCGUUCUCUCUCGUGCCCGACCCCGAGCCAACGUCGGUCCAGGCACAGAACGAGCCUAGCACGACUCCCGCAGUCGAGUCCGUUGCACCUGCUACUACAUCGUCACCAGAGCCUUCGUCGCCCCCACCUGCCCCAGUCCCUUCGUCCGCUGCACCCGCGUCCUCCCAGGUCCCUCAGGUUGAGACGGCAGAUGCCGGCGCUCUCCCUUUCGGCGUAACCUACGACCCCUUCACUGGUACAGAGGGCAACAGCCGCUGCAAGACUGACGCCGAGAUUGCCGACGAGUUCAGCAGGAUGAGCUCGUACAAGGUCGUUCGUAUCUACGGCAUGGGCUGCAACAUCAUCUCUCUUGCUGUCCAAAACGCUCAGAAGAACGGCCAGACACUCAUGGGUGGUGCGUAUCUCAGCAACAGGGGCAACGGUGAAGACCUCAGCUCCGUCAUCACAACCUGGAAAGACGCUAUUGAUAGGGAUGCUGGAGGCAGCUGGGACAUUCUGAAGCUCUUCUCUGUCGAAAACGAGCGCCUCAACGACCACGACAUGACUGCUUCUGAGAUCGUUGACGCCAUUCGCCGCGGCCGUGACCAGCUUCGUGGUGUCGGCUACCAGGGUCCUGUUGGAGCCGUCGAGACUGUGCCCGCCACCAUUGACAACCCAGCAAUCUGUAAGGCAGCCGAUGUUGUCAUGGUCAACUGCCACCCCUUCUUCGACCCAAACACUGCCGCCGAGGACGCCGGUACCUUUGUCAAGGGCCAGAUCGAGCGCGUCAAGACCGCUUGUGACACCGACCGCGUCAUUGUCACCGAGACUGGCUGGCCCCACCAGGGCGAUGCCAACGGAAAGGCUGUGCCCUCCCCAGACAACCAGGCCAAGGCUCUUGCUUCGAUCCGCAGCGAGUUCAAGUCUGACGUCUUCCUCCACAACUCGUUCGACUCUCUCUGGAAGUCGGACUGGGCCUCCUCCUUCAACGCCGAGCGUUACUGGGGAGUGAUCCAGUAGAUCUGUUGUAGGCGUCUUCUUGAUGUGCAGCUAGGUUCUGUACAUCCAUCUCAUGUGUCCACCAGCAGCUCGGACUGCACGUGUGGCUGGCAUUUCUUGGCCAUUACGGAUCAUAGGAUAUGCAACAUGUAAC